GCUGCAAAAGAUACAGCUGGGAUUUGAGCCAAGCUGGUUAAACUCUACGGGGCGGUACGGAAAUCAUUCCCCGUUUUGGCGCUUCGGACGCGACAACCACAGCUCUCAACGCCUCGGACUACUCACAGCUAAUACUCUCGUGACUAUGCCUCAACUCACUGCCGCCGGCGGCCUCAUGGUCCUGGUGAACAUUGGCUUCCUAGUGGCUGGAGCUUUACUACUGCGCUUCAAAUCGACGCUAGAAAGCAGCGGCUGGGCUGAUGCUCUCGUGGGUACAGACUACGAGUCUGCUGCGGACACGGCUACUACAAUGGUGCAGCUACUGGGAAUCGCGGCUAUUACGUUGGCGCUGGUGGGCAUCGUGGGAGCUAUCAUCCAGAACCGCUUGCUGCUCCUGCUGUACUCGGUUGUAAUGGUCAUUGCGAUGUCGGCAUUCGGUGUCUUGGCUGGCACGGCAUUCACAUUCAAGACUAAAAUGACAGACUGGGAAGAAUCCACGUUCCCCGCCGAGGAUCAGGAGACUAAGCUGGCGGAGACCUUUAAUGAGGUGUACUGUUACGCCGAGGGAUAUUACUACUGCAACAACGCUACAGCGCAGGAGGCCUACACGACCUUUUUCCCGAAUGCUUCGACUUCGCUAGUGAGUCUUCUACCCAACACAACGGGUAUCGUGUCACUCUGCAAUGAGCUCAAUACCACUGUAGAAGGCCUCUCGACAGUGUGCGACGCCUGCAACAUGUCGACAAAGUAUACCAAGUACGACAGAAUACUCACCUGGGCUGAAAGCAAGUGUCCGAGAACUUCAGUAACAGGUCAAUGGUGUGCUUCGUUCCUUGCAACGGGAACUGCUGGUGCAGUGUACGACGGUGCGCCGUACGGUCAGUGUCGCACUAUUUUCCUGGAUGUGGCCAUCGACUGGAGUGGCACAAUGGCAAUUGCUGGAUUAUUGGUCGCAAUCGCUGCUGCUGCCAUCGUUGCUCUGGCAUGUUUCGCUCGCCGCUCGAAGGGCUCAAGCGAUGAGCGUCUUACGAAGGUGUGAGCAGUGAAAGCUGUGUGUGUGCAACGAGUACAGUAGGUGCGGUACACUAACAUGAAAAUGCGGCUGCAUGUGCCCUGUGAAUAUGAGAACCAAUGAGUAGUACUACGCACGAUAUUGUUUAAUACUACUUAUCGUAUUAAAAUACUCAACUUUGCAUGCUAAGUACUACUUAAGCAACUACUACAAUACUAC